AUGUAUGAACGCGGUUUGGUUAUUACAACUCUGGACAAGGAGGACGACCAGUAUGGCCUAGUUCGUCAUCUUCCAAUCUAUCCUGGGUACGAGAGCUUCGACGGCCUAAUUCCUGGAUUUUAUCUUAAAGCUUCAGACAGAACACAUAUUCUCAAUUUUGACGUAGAAUUUAGAAGUAAAGAAUUUUAUAUGUACGAGUACCAUCUAUCGUCAAUAGUGGUUGGUAGUGGAUACAACAAAGACCUCAAUUUAACUGGUAUGACAUUUAAUUUUCUGCACGUGGGCGUUUCUAAAGGUAACGUACAGUUAGCAGUUGAUUGGCUGUCACACACCAUCUACUGGACUGACUCCUUGUUUAGAUGGAUUGUAGCAGUACCAGGGGAAAAGCAGAAACUCGACAAAGAUUAUUACAAAAUUAUUGUUGAUGAAUAUCUUGAUGCCCCUGACGGUAUUGCUCUGGAUCCGUUGAAAGGAUACCUGUUCUGGUCAGACAAUGGAAGACAUCCGAAAAUCGAACGUUCAGAUCUAAAGGGGAAAGACAGACGCACAUUAAUUACCAAACAUAUGGUGUCUCCACUGUCAAUGGAAGCAGACAUAUUUGGGAAAAGAAUUUACUGGAUUGAUUCAUACACACACUCCCUUUUCUCGGCAACAUACGAUGGGAAAGACAUGAGAAUGAUAGCAAGCGUACCAAAUUCUGUACUAUUUGAUUUAGCUGUUUACAAGGACGUCAUCUACGUUACUGACAUUCGCAAUGACAAUCUGUACACAUUCAAUAAGACAACAGGCAGAUUAGCGUCAACAACCUUAACUCUUGUUUCUCCUGUAGAAACAAUUUAUGGUGUUGUCGUCUAUAGCGAAUACAACCAACCUCUUAAAGACAAAGAUCAUUGUGGUGAUAAAAAAUGUGAACACCUUUGUAUAUCCGGAGAAAAUAAUGCCACAUGCAUAUGCUCAGAGGGAUACGAGAAAAACACAACUACUGGAGCGUGUCAGGAAUCAUAUGCCAAAUUCCAUAAAGCUAUUGUAAUUGCAAAUGCUACACAUAUUUGCAUGCUUGACAUUCGAUGGUUUGCCUACACUGGCCAUGAUGUGGUUUGUAGGUACACAGUCAUCGGACUACCUGCUUCUACAGUGGCACCAGUUUCAUCGACACCACCAGCACCAACAGCAUCACCUAAUGAAUUGAUCAAGAUGUUUGAUCUGGACAUAAGCAACAGAAUUGUCAUUUUUGCCACUGCGGACAACAAAAUAUAUAAAAGACCAGUGGAUUUGCCGAUAGAAAACGAUGCCAAAGAAGUUAUAAUUCAAGCAUCUGGGGAAAUAAGCGGCAUGGCUUAUGAUACCUAUUACUCUGAAAACUUAUACUGGUCCGAGUCAGACACCGGCAGCAUUAGGAUCGUGGAUGUCGAUACAAAGUCUGGAAAGAGAAUUUCAGUUGAGAAUUCUGUAACACUUGUAAAUCCGAGAAAUAUCAUUAUUCUUCCCACAUUAAGGAUUAAGCAGUUAAAGUUUAAUGUGAUUAAACAAAUAUACAACUUUUACUUCUGGAUAAGACGGAUGGCAUGGGUGGAAGGCAAUCAAGGUGAUGCAUCUCUUCAAACAAUGACCCUUGAUGGAAUGGAUCGUCGCACAGUUGUUUCUGGGUUAUCUGAAAUAACUUCCCUAGUCUACGAUAAUGAGGCACAGUUAUUUUACUUUUUAUCGAACGGAAGUCUGCACCAAACGGCUCUGAAUGGAUCUGAACAAAUUGCAAGUCUAGAAGACCAAACGGCAUAUUUGCUUCUCCACUAUAAGAAUUAUUUAGCUUGGAUUUACAUUCACCCUUCAUUCGGUAAUGUUUGGAAGUCCAAAGACUAUGGUACCGAUACAACUGGGGCGCAUGGCAUUCUUGGCAACACGUCGCCGUUUGUUGACAUGAAAGUGCUGGAUAUAAAACCAUUUCUGCCUGAAACAGCAAGUCCGUGCACACAUAGGAAUGGCGGCUGUGAACAGAUCUGCACACCUAAGUAUAAUGGUGAUAUCAUGGUCAAAGUUUGUGAAUGCAGUAUUGGCUUUAAGCUUGACACCGACAAAGUCAGCAGUCGUUCAGACGUUGUCAUGGACAACUUUAUUUUAGUGUCAGAUUGGACCCAUAAUGCCUUACGUCAGAUCGAUCUACAAACACAUGAAAUUAAUUCGAUAAUGAACAGAGAAAAUACCGCCUAUAUAGGGGUCUACUUCGAUUCGAACAUGAAGAGAAUUAUAUGGUCAGAAUAUUUCAGGAGUGAAAUUUUCAGCUCGAAAUUGGACGGCAGUGAUCAAAAGAUAAUUGGUGAUUUAGGUAAUUCCUUCCCUUAUCGAAUGGACAAAGACUUGACAACAGGAAACCUAUAUUACACAACUACACCUCAUUCCAGUCCACAUAUUGGUUUCCUGACACCUUCUGGGGUAAAUAUUUGGCUAAAGAAGGAUAUAACUGAAGAGAUACUCCUAGACAUUGUUGUUCAUCCAGGGUAA